GCUUGGCUCUGCGCCGAUGAUUAAAAACAAGAUGGCGAGUGCCGGAUGAUAUAGGUUAUUUCGUUUGUAAUAAGAAUGUCAACUAAAUUGCGUUACAAGCUGAGAAGGAAAUUGAAAAUAUGGUAUAAUAAUUUGCCCGGGAAGGCUCUCGGUGAAUUUCGUAUUUUACCAGUGUUCUUUGCUGCCGGUGCCGUCCUGGAGUUUACUAUGAUACACUGGCACGUUGGAGAGGUUAACUUUUACAAGACGUACAAGAGAAGGCGAUUAGAGGAGGCGGUCGAAGAAAGAUUACGUGAAAUGCGAGCACAGUCCGUUUAACGUUUCACGUGGUCUUGGAUUAUUUAAGAAAAAAGAUCGGGAGCCACGGAAAUAUUGUAAUUUAUGUAGAUUAAGACGAAUGUGAAACGUAUAGUAAACGUUAGCGAAUUUUUGAUUAUA